ACUGUUGGCGCUAUACAUACGUAUCACACAACGCUCGGCGGUCAUACGCAAUGGCGACAUUCGAAUGAAAGUGACUAAGGCAGAAUACAGGAUUACAUCGCGAAUGACUUCGAAGUGAACACCAUACCAUCCCUGAGGUAAUAAGGAAAGUUCAAAGCCAGCCACAGAAUCCUGGCUUUUUUACUGAAACAUAUGACAUCAUGGACUGUGAGGGAGAAUUGCUGGGAACAGAUGAUGUCAAGAAACACUCUGUAAAUGACACGCUAGAAACAGGUGAUCUAAAGCAACACAAAGAUUAUGGUGGUCAAGCAAAACAGUCUCAAAAGUGUAUUGCGUCCGGGGAAACAUGUCUUAAAUCGGGUGACAUGAAACGACACAUGUUUUGUCACAGAGAAGUCAAGCCUUUUCAUCAUGUUAGACGUCGGAAAACCUUUACAAAAUCAGGCGUCAUGCAGACUCACAUGAGGAUCAACAGUCGCUUCAGGCGUUAUCAGUGCAAUGUGUGUGAGAAAACAUUUACACUAUCAGGCACUCUGAAGACACACAUGAAGAUUCACAGUGGAAUCAAGCCUUUUAAGUGUAGUGUGUGUGAGAAAACAUUUACACUAUCAGGCACUUUGCAGAUACACAUGAGGAUCCACAACGGAAUCAAGCCUUAUCAGUGCAGUGUGUGUGAGAAAACAUUUACACAAUAUGGUGCUCUGCAGCAACACAUGAGGAUUCACAGUGGAAUCAAACCAUUUAAGUGUAGUGUGUGUGAGAAAACAUUUGCAUCAUCAAGUGCUCUGCUGGCACACAUGAGGAUUCACAGUGGAAUCAAACCUUAUCAGUGCAGUGUGUGUGAGAAAACAUUUACAGCAUCAGGUACUCUGCAGAAACACAUGAGGAUUCACACUGGAAUGAAGCCUUUUAAGUGCAGUGUGUGUGAGAAAACAUUUACAGCAUCAGGUACUCUUCAGAAACACAUGAGGACUCACAGUGGAAUGAAGCCUUAUCAGUGCAGUGCGUGUGAGAAAACUUUUACAGCAUCAGGUUAUCUGGAGAAACACAUGAAGAUUCACAGUGGAAUCAAGCCUUUAAAGUGUAGUGUGUGUGAGAAAACAUUCAAAGCAUCAAGUGUUCUGCAGGCACACAUGAGGAUUCACACUGGCAUCAAACCUUUUCAGUGCAGUGUGUGUGAGAAAACAUUUACACUAUCAUGCACUCUUCAGAUACACAUGAGGAUUCACAGUGGAAUCAAGCCUUUUAAGUGUAGUGUGUGUGAGAAAACAUUUACAAUAUCUGGUAAUCUGAAGACACACAUGAGGAUUCACAGUGGAAUCAAGCCUCAUCACUGUGUUAAAUGUGGGAAAGGAUUUACACACUCGUGUAGACUGAAGAGACAUAUGACGAGCCACAGUGGAAUCAAGCCUCAUGAGUGCACUGUGUGUGAGAAAACAUUUACGUCACCAGCUAUUCUGAACAGACACAUGAUGAUUCACACUGGAAUCAAACCUUUUCAGUGUAAUGUGUGUAAGAAAAAAUUCACAGUAUCACAUUCUCUGCAGAGGCAUAUGAGAAUUCACAAAGGAAUCAAACCUUAUCAGUGUGUUGAAUGUGAGAAAACAUUUACACAUUCAAGUAGUCUGAAGACACACAUGAGGCUGCACAGUGGAAUCAAACCUUAUCAGUGCAUUGUGUGUGAGAAAACAUUUACACAUUCAAAUAGUCUGAAGGCACACAUGCUCAUUCACAGUGACAUAAAACGCUUUCAGUGUGUUGAAUGUGGGAAAACAUUCGGACUAUCAUCUAACCUGAAGAGCCACAUGAUGAUUCACAGUGACAUCAAGUCUUAUCAAUGUGUUGAAUGUGAUAAAACAUUCAGACAAUCAUCUCACCUGAAGAGCCACAUGAGGAUUCACAGUGGAAUCAAGUCUUAUCAAUGUGUUGAAUGUGAUAAAACAUUCAGACAAUCAUAUCACCUGAAGAGCCACAUGAGGAUUCACAGUGGAAUCAAGCCUUAUCAAUGUGUUGAAUGUGAUAAAACAUUCAGACAAUCAUCUCACCUGAAGAGCCACAUGAGGAUUCACAGUGGAAUCAAGCCUUAUCAGUGUGUUGAAUGUGGGAAAACAUUUAAAUAUUCAGCUCGCCUGAAAAUACACAUGAGCAUCCCCUGUGGAAUCAAACCGUAUCAGUGUCUUGUGUGUAAGAAAACAUUCACAGUAUCAGGUACUCUGCAGAGACACAUGGUGAUUCACAGUGGAAUCAAACCUUAUCAGUGUCUUGUGUGUGAGAAAACAUUUACAUAUUCAUUUAGUCUGAAGACACACAUGAGCAUUCACAGUGGAAUCAAGCCUUAUCAGUGUGUUGAAUGUAGGAAAACAUUUACAGCAUCAGGUAGCCUGAAGACACACAUGAGGCUGCACAGUGCAAUCAAGCCAUAUCAAUGCACUGUUUGUAAGAAAACAUUCAAACAAUCUCUCUAUCUUAAGUUACACAUGGAAAGUCACAGUGGAAUUAGGCCUUAUCAGUGUGUUGAAUGUGGCAAAUCAUUUGUACGCCCAGGAGGCCUGCAAAAGCACACAUUGAUUCAUAGUGGAAUCAAGCCUCACCAGUGCACUGUGUGUGAGAAAACAUUUAGAACAUCAAGUAAUCUGAAGACACACAUGGGGAUUCACAGUGACAUCAGGCCUUAUAAAUGUGUUGAAUGUGGAAAAGGAUUUAAACGAUCACAACAUCUUCAGAGACACAUGAACAUUCACAGCUUCACAUUUGCCAUUGAACACCAUACCAUCCCUAAGUUAACAAUGGCAGUACAAAGCCAGCCACAGAAUCCUGGCUUUUUUACUGAGACAUAUGAAAUCAUGGACUGUGAGGGAGAAUUGCUGGGAACAGGUGAUCUCAAGAAACACUCUGUUACUGAUACGCUGGAAACAGGUGAUCUCAAGAAACAAUCUGUAAAUGACACACUGGAAGGAGGUGAUCUCAAGAAACAAUCCGUAAAUGACACACUGGAAGGAGGUGAUCUCAAGAAACAAUCCGUAAAUGACACACUGGAAGGAGGUGAUCUCAAGAAACAAUCUGUAAAUGACACACUGGAAGGAGGUGAUCUCAAGAAACAAUCCGUAAAUGACACACUGGAAGGAGGUGAUCUCAAGAAACAAUCUGUAAAUGACACACUGGAAGGAGGUGAUCUCAAGAAACAAUCCGUAAAUGACACACUGGAAGGAGGUGAUCUCAAGAAACAAUCCGUAAAUGACACACUGGAAGGAGGUGAUCUCAAGAAACAAUCUGUAAAUGACACACUGGAAGGAGGUGAUCUCAAGAAACAAUCCGUAAAUGACACACUGGAAGGAGGUGAUCUCAAGAAACAAUCUGUAAAUGACACACUGGAAGGAGGUGAUCUCAAGAAACAAUCCGUAAAUGACACGCUGGAAGGAGGUGAUCUCAAGAAACAAUCUGUAAAUGACACACUGGAAGGAGGUGAUCUCAAGAAACAAUCCGUAAAUGACACACUGGAAGGAGGUGAUCUCAAGAAACAAUCCGUAAAUGACACACUGGAAGGAGGUGAUCUCAAGAAACAAUCCGUAAAUGACACACUGGAAGGAGGUGAUCUCAAGAAACAAUCUGUAAAUGACACACUGGAAGGAGGUGAUCUCAAGAAACAAUCCGUAAAUGACACACUGGAAGGAGGUGAUCUCAAGAAACAAUCUGUAAAUGACACACUGGAAGGAGUUGAUCUCAAGAAACAAUCCGUAAAUGACACACUGGAAGGAGGUGAUCUCAAGAGACAAUCCGUAAAUGACACACUGGAAGGAGGUGAUCUCAAGAAACAAUCUGUAAAUGACACACUGGAAGGAGGUGAUCUCAAGAAACAAUCUGUAAAUGACACACUGGAAGGAGGUGAUCUCAAGAAACAAUCCGUAAAUGACACACUGGAAGGAGGUGAUCUCAAGAAACAAUCCGUAAAUGACACACUGGAAGGAGGUGAUCUCAAGAAACAAUCCGUAAAUGACACACUGGAAGGAGGUGAUCUCAAGAAACAAUCCGUAAUGACACGCUGGAAGGAGGUGAUCUCAAGAAACAAUCAUGCAAUCAAACCAUUAAAGUGUAGUGUGUGUGAGAAAACAUUUGCAUCAUCAAGUGCUCUGCAGGCACACAUGAGGAUUCACAGUGGAAUCAAACAUUUCAAGUGCAAUGUAUGUAAGAAAACAUUUACACAUUCAGGUAAUCUGCAGGCACACAUGAGGAUUCACAGUGGAAACAAACCUUAUAAGUGUAGUGUGUGUGAGAAAACAUUUACAGCAUCAGGUACUCUGCAGAAACACAUGAGGAUUCACACUGGAAUGAAGCCUUUUAAGUGUAGUGUGUGUGAGAAAACAUUCACAGCAUCAACUGGUCUCCAUGCACACAUGAGGAUUCACAGUGGAAUCAAACAUUUUAAGUGCAAUGUAUGCGAGAAAACAUUUACACAUUCAGGUAAUCUGCAGGAACACAUGAAGAUUCACACUGGAAUGAAGCCUUAUAAGUGUAGUGUGUGUCAGAAACCAUUUACAGCAUCGGGUGGUCUGAAGAGGCACAUGAGGAUUCACAUUGGAAUCAAGCCUUAUAAGUGUAGUAUGUGUGAGAAAACAUUUACAGAGCCAGGUGGUCUGAAGAGGCACAUGAGGAUUCACAGUGGAAUCAAGCCUCAUCAGUGCAGUAUGUGUGAGAAAACAUUUACAGAGUCAGGUACUCUGCGGACACACAUGAGGAUUCACAGUGGAAUCAAGCCUCAUGAGUGCAGUAUGUGUGAGAAAACAUUUACAGUAUCGGGUGGUCUGAAAAGGCACAUGAGGAUUCACAGUGGAAUCAGACCUCAUAAGUGUAGUAUGUGUGAGAAAACAUUUACAGAGCCAGGUGGUCUGAAGAGGCACAUGAGGAUUCACAGUGGAAUCAAGCCUCAUCAGUGCAGUAUGUGUGAGAAAACAUUUACAGAGUCAGGUACUCUGCGGACACACAUGAGGAUUCACAGUGGAAUCAAGCCUCAUGAGUGCAGUAUGUGUGAGAAAACAUUUACAGUAUCGGGUGGUCUGAAAAGGCACAUGAGGAUUCACAGUGGAAUCAGACCUCAUAAGUGUAGUAUGUGUGAGAAAACAUUUACAGAGCCAGGUGGUCUGAAGAGGCACAUGAGGAUUCACAGUGGAAUCAAGCCUCAUCAGUGCAGUGUGUGUGAGAAAACUUUUACAGAGUCAGGUACUCUGCAGAUGCAUAUGAUGAUUCACAGCGGAAUUAGGCCUUAUCAGUGUGUUAAAUGUGGGAAAACAUUCACACGGUCAGCCCAUCUGCAGUCCCACAUGAGGAGUCACAGUGGCAUCAAACCUUAUCGGUGCAUUGUAUGCGAGAAAACAUUUGCAGUAUCAAGUAAACUUCAGAGACACAUAAGGAUUCACAAUGGAAUCAAACCUUAUACGUGCAUUGUGUGUGAGAAAACAUAUGCAGACUCAGGUACUCUAAAGAGGCACAUGAGGAUUCACAGUGGAAUCAAACCGUAUCAGUGUAUUGUGUGUGAGAAAACAUUUGCAGAAUCAGGUGACCUGAAGAAGCACAUGAGGAUUCACAGUGGAAUCAAACCAUAUAAAUGUAGUGUAUGUGAGAAAACAUUUACAGAAUCCGUCACUCUGAAGCGGCACACGAGGAUUCACAGUGGAAUCAAGCCUUAUCAGUGUAUUGAAUGUGGGAAAGGAUUUAUAACGUCAGCUAUACUUCUGAAUCAUAUGAAGAUUCACAGUGGCAUAAAACCCUAUCAGUGUGUUGAAUUUCGGAAAACAUUCACACAAUUAGGCAACCUGAAGUCACACAUGAGGAUUCACAGUGGCAUAAAACCUUAUCAGUGUGUUGAAUGUGGGAAAACAUUCACACAAUCAGGCAGCCUGAAGUCACACAUGAGUAUUCACAGUGCAAUCAAGCCAUAUCAAUGCACUGUUUGUAAGAAAACAUUUAAACAAUCUCUCUAUCUUAAGUUACACAUGGAAAGUCACAAUGGAAUUAGGCCUUAUCAGUGUUUUGAAUGUGGAAAAACAUUUGUAAGUUCAAGAGGCCUGCAAAAGCACACACUGAUUCACAGUGGAAUCAAGUCUCAUCAGUGCAAUGUGUGUGAGAAAACAUUUAGAACAUCAGGUAAUCUGAAGAGACACAUGAACAUUCACAGUGGAAUCAAGCCUUAAUCAGUGCACUGUCUGUGAGAAAACAUACAAUACACUGAUAAGUCUUAUCAGUGCACUUUGUGAAAGAAAACCAUUUACAACAUUGGGUUCUCUGCAGAAACACGUUUGGAUUCGCAAAGGAAUCUAACCUCAUCGUGCCUUGUGUUUAAGAUACAUUUACUGGACAAGGCACUCUUCAGACAUACAUGAACAUUCGCAGUGGAGUCAAACAUUAUCAGUGUGGUGAAUGUGGGAAAGGAAUUACAUUAUCUGUUCACCUGAAAACCCCCCACAAUGAUUCACUGUGGAAUCAAACCUUAACAGUGCACUGUGUGUGAGAAAACAUUCACAAAAUUAGGUAAUCUGAAGAUAUACUUGAGGAUUCACAGUGGAAUCUAGCCUAUGAAUGUGUUGAAUGUGGAAAAGGAUUUACACAUGCAGCUCAUCUUCAGAGACACAUGGACAUUCACAGUGGAAACAGGCGUUAUCAGUGGGUUGAACGCGGUAAAGGAUUUACACAAUCUGUUCACCUGCGAUCCCAUAUGAUUAGUCACAAUGGAAUCAAGCCUUACCAGUGCAUUGUGUGUAGGAAACCAUAUACAGUAUCAGAUACUCUGGGGAGAUACAUGAGGAUUCUUAUAGGAAUCUACCCCUAUCAGUGUUGGUUGAAUUGAGUGGUAUGAGUUUGUACAGUACAAUUGAUAAAUGAUAAUUCACUUGAUCGGACCAGACUUUCUUGUAUUUUCGUGAUUUUAUUUUCAUAUUGACGUGUGCAUAUUUCAUGUUCAAUUCAUGAAAUUCAAGCUUCGUAUUUGCCAUGUAUUUUUUUAUGAAGGCUAUUUUCAAGCUUUCAUGGUUACAUUUGGGUUUGAGGGUUUCUUUCCACUACAACGGAGGAAUGUCCUGUCGAGACUUGACAAUUAUACAAUUGACAUAACCCUAUCACCUGUGGUUGUCGUCAUUCCCCUGGUCAUCAGUGCAAUACCCAUGGAUGUUAAGUAU